AACUUGAAAAAUAAGAGUGGGAGAAACUCUUUUCGGUGUUGGACUAUAAAGCCACGAUCAACCGAUUGAUGGAUCGUAGUGUCUUUUUUGCGAUUUACUUCGGAACUCGACCCUACCUAACAAAUCGUGUGUACGCUUGAGUAUUUUUAUUAACAAUAUGAUGCAUUCCCAUGCAACGAAAAGGGUCUCUAUCAUUUCUAUUUCGGGGCGGAUGCAGAUACCGGCAUCCAAACCAAGAGCACGAUACGGAUGUAGACACACACAGAGUCUUCUAAUGGCACUGGGCUUUCUCUGUUGUUAUGCCAUUAGGGUUACUACAUCAGUGACGUUAGAAGCAAUGACUAAUGCGAAAUCUGCAAAUCCUGAUUUUCCAGAAUUUCCAUGGAAAGACGCCACAAAGGAUAUAAUUCAGAGUUCUUUCUUCUGGGGAUAUGUGUGCACGCAAAUUAUUGGUAGCAUAGUGGCACAAAAAUGGGGAGCUCAUAAACUUUUCUCACUGGCGCAAUUCGCAUGUGGUUUGGUAACACUUUUAAUUCCCGUACUUGCCGAGUACUGUGGAUGGGAAGCGAUUUGUGCUACUAGAGUAAUCGCCGGUUUAUUUCAAGGCACUGUUUUACCGUGUCUUCACACAUUACUUUCGAAAUGGGCGCCUAUGGACGAAAGAGGGAGAAUCUCGACCUUCGUUUAUGCCGGGGGCUGGAUUGGAAACGUACUUUGUUUAUGGAGUACUGGACAACUGUCAGCUUCUCGUUUGGGAUGGCCUAGCUGUUAUUAUGUUUGGGGCUGUAUAGCAAUUGUUUCCAGUAUUCUGUUCUUUUUCAUCGGUAAAGAAUCACCCGCUGAACAUCUAAGUAUACCACAAGAUGAAAAAGAAUACAUUGAAAAUAGUCUUGGAAUGAUAGAAACAGAAGAGAAAUUAUCAACUCCUUGGAUUAAAAUAUUAACCAGUAUACCAAUGUGGGCACUAUUGGUUACACAGUCUGCUCACACUUGGGGCUUCUGGAUGCUUUUAACAAAAAUUCCUUCGUACAUUGGAUCAGUCUUUGAUACCGACAUACAAAACAAUGGUCUAUGGAGUGCACUACCAUAUCUCACAGCAUGGAUUUGUAGUUUCCCAAUUAGCUAUAUUUCGGAUGUCCUGAUUAAACGAAAUAUUUUAACCGUACAAGCAUCGAGAAAAAUUUGUAAUACGAUCGGUGAAUGGAUCCCAGCAAUUGCAUUAAUCGGUCUUGGAUAUGUUACUAAGGAAGAACCUGGAAUAGCAAGAGCACUUUUAAUAUUCGCUGUUGCUAGUAAUGUUGCUAUUUAUUGUGGACAUAAUGUCAAUCAUAUGGAUCUUAGUCCAAACUUUGCUGGUCCUUUGAUGGGUAUUACGAAUACCGUGGCAAAUAUUUGUAGCAUUUUGGCUCCGCUAAUUGCCAGUAUCAUCGUUAAACAUCCGAAUAGUGUUGAGGAAUGGAGAAAUAUGUUCUUUUUAACAUCCAUAAUAUAUUUUCUUGGAAAUUUGACUUUUAUUGUGUUUGGUACAUCUAAAAUUCAAGAAUGGAAUGACCCUAUAAAGGAGAAAAAGGAUAUCUCUAUGAGUUCUGCAACUGAAUCAUCGAUGGAAAAGGGAUAUGCACAAAGAGAAAAAGAUACUGAAAAGAUGGAUUUAGGAAAAGAGUCGUAAUAUUGCUCUGAUACUAAAGAAUAUAACAUUAUUCAUAUAAUGUAUUGUAAAUAUUGUGA